UCCCAACGCCAUAGCCGACGCCAUAGCCGAUACUCAAACCAACCCAACGAUAACAGCAUCAUGUCUUCUCUAACUGGGGGUUCCUACCCUCCUACUUUAGAAAUGCUCUUGAAAAAGACCGAUUGGCGCAGGCCAUAAAGGACUGGACCAUCGCCAACGGUUUAGCCGUCCGGCCUCCACCCGCAAUUGUGGAAAACGAUUCCGAGGGGAUUCUGGCCAUGAGUGCUCCGGUCACCCUCUUUCCAAGUCCAUUUCCCAAAAGCUGCUUCCAGGAGGCCAAGGCCAUCCAAACCAAGUACAACGAGCUCUACGCCCGCAUCAGCCAGGAUGAGGAGUAUCUCAGUGGCCUUGUACAGGAGGUUGCUAGCGGUGAUGAAUUUAUUGCCGAAUUAUGGAAGAUCCACUUGCGAGUGAAGGAGGAGGGUUACGUCCAAAACCUUGCUCUCGGUCUCUUCCGGUCCGACUACAUGGUCCAUCAAGACGGCGACAACCUCCAAAUUAAACAGGUUGAGUUCAACACCAUUGCCUCUUCGUUUGGGGGGCUCUCGGCGCAAACUUCCCUGCUUCACCAGCAUCUCGCUAGAGUCGAGUAUCCCCUCUUAAAAGACCCAGUACCGCGGUCCUCCGUCAACCUCCCCGCCAACAACAGCGCAGAGGGCCUCGCCGCCGGCCUAGCAGCUGCCUUCCGCGCGUACGGCAAAUCCGCCCUCGGCAACCAAACCUGCGUCCUCUUCCUCACACAAGACGGCGAGCGCAACAUCUUCGACCAGCGCCACCUCGAAUACGCCGUCCAAUCCUCCUCCGACCCGGACCACCCCAUCCCCGUCUUCCGCCUCCCCUUCUCCCAAAUCCUCACCCACACCACCCUCGCCCCGUCCUCCCCAGGCCGCCAGCUCCUCUACCACCCCCCGCACAACCCCGCCCUCACCUUCGAAGUCGCCGUCGCCUACCUCCGCGCCGGCUACGGCCCGAGCGACUACCCGUCCCCCGCCGCCUGGGAAGCGCGCCACCAGCUGGAGCGAUCCGCCGCGAUCAAGUGCCCGACGAUCCUCACGCAGCUCGCAGGCAUGAAGAAGGUCCAGCAGGUCCUCGCCACGCCCGAAGCCGUCUCGUCGACCCCCUCCGCGCUGCGGCGCUUCGUGGCCGCCGGCGACGAGGCCGGCUACGCGGCGCUCUGGCGCACCUUCACCAACAUCUACCCGCUGGACACGACGGCGGCGGGCCAGGCGGCGCGGCGGCUGGCGACCGAUGCGCAGGCGUGUUUGAGGUAUGUGGUGAAGCCGCAGCGCGAGGGCGGCGGGAAUAAUUUCUACCGCGCUGCUAUUCCGAAGCAGCUAGGUGCCACGCCGGAGGAGCAUUGGGGGUCGUAUAUCCUGAUGGAGCUCAUCACGCCGCCGCCGGUGGUGAAUACGAUUCUGCGGAAUGGGAAGCUGGAGCAUGGCGGGGUGAUUUGUGAGUUGGGGGUGUAUGGGACGUGUCUGUGGGACCAGGGGACGGGGGCGUUGUUGCAUAAUGAGGAGAGUGGGUAUUUGUUGCGGACGAAGGGGGAUCAGAGCGAGGAGGGGGGUGUGGCAGCCGGGUUUGGGUGCAUGGAUUCUUGUCGGUUAGUGUAAAGUGAGUUGUCGAGAUGGGGGUGGGGUGUAGUGAUAGAGUUGGGUGGUUAGAGGUGCAUAGGGGGGUUGUUGGCUGUUUGAAAUUGAGAGUCUAGACCGUACGCCUGCAUAUUCUGCUUCCUGCAAC